AUGGCCACAGCAGCAGUCCAACACGCCCCUGGCAAUACUGUUGGGCAAGUCGUUGAACCUCUUGUUCAGACCAACAAGCCCGCGAAACGCGAUGUCGCCGCCGAGGUGUACUACUACAAGGACCCCGGCGAUGGGUCUCUCCCUGCUCCUUCAUAUGUCGGAAAACCCGAUUCGUAUCUACGCCCCCACGUCACCCAGAACGUUGUCAUCCACGACAUCGCUGGCGACGAGGACAAAUAUACCCUCGAUAGCCAUGGGUUUCAGUACCUGAAGCAUGAGAGCGCGGAGAAGGAUUUUGUCGACGCCGACAAGAUCAAGGCGGAAUAUUACCCGGAAAUUGAGCAGUUGUUGAAAGAUGCCACGGGAGCUUCUCGCGUCUUGAUCUUCGACCACACGAUCCGUCGCGCGACGUCGGACGUCCGUGACGUUGGCGGCCAGCGUCGCGGGCCUGCGCGCCGCGUGCAUAUCGACCAGUCAUACACGGCGUCGGAGAACCGGGUGCGGUACCAUCUCCCUGAUGAGGCGGAGGAGCUGCUCAAGAAGCGGUUCCAGAUCAUCAAUGUCUGGCGCCCCAUCAAACCCAUCCUCCGCGACCCGCUCACCCUGGCCGCCGCCCACUCCGUGCCCGAGUCCGACCUCAUCCCCGCGAAACUCAUCUACCCGGACCGCGAAGGCGAGACGUACGCGGUCCGCCCGAACCCUAAGCAUCAGUGGUUCUUCAAGUACGCCCAACAGCCCAACGAGCCGCUGCUGAUCAAGUGCUACGACUCGCUGGACGACGGGCGGGCGCGGCGGAUCCCACACACGGCGUUUGUCGACCCGGAGUACGAGAAUGCGCCGCCGAGGGAGAGCAUCGAGGUCAGGACGCUGGUGUUUUAUGAUUAUUAG